AUGCACCCUCUAAACCCCUUCCUGCGUGCCUUCUUCCGCAGCACUGUUCCGGGGCAGUGCGUGCCGAUCGAGAAUCAUGUUCUUCUUGUUCCGGUAACAGAAUCCCUGAUUGGUUCACGCGAUCGCGAAUCGUCCCUCCUCUAUUCCGAUCUCGUUGUUUCCGAGGAAUUCCUAGGAAGCCAUACUUUGCGAAUACCCGCUUUCAAUGGACCGGCCGGAGCCAAGGAUGAUUCCAACGUCCGUGAUAGUAGGGGGAAGGCAAAACAGGUGCCGACGGCGAAUGGACGGACUGUGAUUAUCAAGGAAAGCUCGGUUUACAGCAACAAAGGCUUCAAGUCUUUAACGCAAGCCCAGCUGCUCUCCGAUGCGCUUUACUACACCCCGAGCAACGAUUCCCAGCCAUGGCUUAUAUACUAUAUCUCCCGACCCUUGAUCGGCUCUUUCGACCCCGGAAAGAUCAUCUCUGCCGUCGUCCCGGGGACGCUUCCGGCUAAGGCCGUCAUGGGAUCGGGAUCCAAGUCAGGGGAGCCUACCUCAUCGCCGCCAAAGAAGGAGAUCCGAACUUUUGGGGAGCUACUCUCGCAUUUCCCCAUGAUCGCCAGACAAAUGCAGCCCGGACUAGAGAGACUAUUUCGCGAAUUUGGAAAGGAAUUGGGAAAACCGCUGCCCCCUCCUCCGUCGCGCUCGCCCUCGAUACCCGAGUUUGAGGGGAAACGAGGCCGGGAGGACACCCCGAAUGAUGAAGCCGCAUCAGUCAGAAGUGCAUCAAUCCGAAGUGCGUCAAUCAGAAGCUCAUCGUCUCGCUUCAGGGAAGGGCUUCCUUUCAACUCGGACGAGUAUUUUGAAGACGACGAAGACCUUAUGCGUCGCAGUUUGGAAACGGCCGUGACUGCGGCUAUUGACUUGUUUCGGCUGGUGGACAAACAACAACUCUCCUUCCUCGGCGCAACGACGGAUUUAACCGGGCCACUGGUCGAGCGCUUGAUUGAGCGCUAUGUGGCCGAGCAGGUGCACGAAUCGCUCCUUUUCCCUCGCUUAUGUGCCUUCCGGCAGCCUGAAGAUACAGAGCUGGACUUGCGGACCCGCCAGAUGGACAACAUCGAUGUCUCCCAGGUUGGGAUCACCGUCGAGGGCGGACAUGAAGGCAAGCGCGAGCUCCUGCAACGCCUAGGCAAGGCGGUGGAAGAAUUCCGUAAAAUGCUCGAUGCGAAGUGCCCCCAUGAUAUGCUCACCAUCCUUCUGGAGACAAUCAAGAUCCUUUCGUAUCCUGGCAACUACGAUAAAGCAGAUCCGCAGGCGUCCGAGAAGCAGCGUUCUCCUGUGACGGUGAAUGCUGACAUUUUGGUUUCUUUAUUGCUUAUCGUUGUUAUCAGAUCUCAGGUCAAGCAUCUGCAGGCACGACUGUUAUACAUGCAGCAUUUUAUCUACGUCGACGAUGUCGACAGUGGCGAAAUGGGAUACGCUCUAAGUACUCUUGAGGCGGUCCUCACGUAUCUUGUAACUGAUUCGGCAGGCCUACGGAGGGCGAGCAUCCGAAAUAAACGCUUAUGGAAUGCUACCAAAGGCGGGCGAAUCACCGAUAUGAAGGCUAUUCUGGAACCCGAUGGCGACCACGAAUCAAUGGAUGACAUUCCCUAUGAACCCGAGAGCAAGAGCGUCCUUUUCAAAACGGAUGAUGAUGAGCAGCCAAGCCAUUCUCGAGCCCCUUUGGUUAUUCCCAAUGGAUAUACUGAAACCAACGGCGAAUCGGCGAUCCUGGAUGAUACCCAAGACGUGCCGCCACUUUCGCACGUCUUCCCGUUCAAGACGUGGGAGACCACAUCCCCGAGAGAGAUCAAACGCCCGGUCAAAAAGGUUUCCAUGGACGUUCGUAGUUUGUCCGAAUCGUCUGCGAUAUCGAUGGCUUCGCGAACAACCACAAUGGGAUCCAUCACGAGCACGAUCGAGGGUGACAGCUCCAUUGAGACCUUAACCAAGACGCAAGACCCUGCAGGGCACACGAUCCCCAUGAUGGCAGUGGAAAGCUGCCAACCAGAGGCGUUGAGAUAUCUCCUCAGUCUCGAGGAAUACUACCCACUCGAGGAUAUUCUUGUGGAUACCAACAUGGACGGGACAACCCUGCUAAAUGCUGCCGUUCAGCUGGCUCACACCGAGAUUGUCGACGUCUUGCUUAGUUACCUUUUCAGUGCAACUGAUAAGGAUACGGUUGUCUCCUACUUUCAGAAGUCUGACAUUCAUGGCCGUACUGUGGCCCACUAUCUCUUUAGUACGCCCUCCGUCAUGCGCCGAUUAGAAGGGUUGCUCCCCUGGAGACAGCGCGAUAAGCACGGGCAAACCCCAUUGUUCGCGCUCUGUAGAUCUUAUGAUCAUCCGGACUACAAAUCAAUGGUCCAUCAAGCAUUGACGGCUGCUCAGAAGUCCCAGGAAGACGGAAAGCCUCUGCACCUCGAUGACCAUGUUGACUCGCGGGGCAAUACCUUACUACACAUUGUCAGCGACCCGGAUAUUACCAUUCGCAUCCUUCAGGAAAGCGACUGUGAUCCAAAUGCAACUAAUGAUAAGAAGUUCACACCCUUGAUGAUGGCCAGCAAGUACGGCAGAAUCGACCAAGUACGGAUCCUCUUUUUGGAUCCGCGAGUGGAUGUGCACCUCAAAGAAGCCCGAGGACUGACAGCAGUCGAACUUGCGAAAGACGAUGAAGUUCGAAAUAGAAUUGACGACCUCAUUCUUAUCUCAAACUCCCCGUCGACGAGUAUCGACCCAUCCGGUCGAGUCACAACAGUCGUUCGUUCAUUCUUCGUCGAGGAUGCAACGGUGCGCUUCGUACUCAAGUCCGGCGCUCCCAGCCCAUCUGCCAAAGCAGCUGAAUCCCGACCUGGGUCUACCACGUACACCGUGACUACUUGCCGCAGGACGUUCUCGGACUUUGAGAAUCUCGCCAAGUGGCUUUCCAUCGAACAUCCAGCCUCGUAUAUGCCCUCGCUGUCUGACUUUCGCACGCCCUUUCAAAUACACUCCAAGCCGUCCCGCUCGGUCCUUCACGACAUGCAAGAGAAGCUUGAUCGAUUCCUGAAGAUUCUGCUAUCGCAUCCAACUUUCGCGACCCAUGAAAUGCUCUGGGAGUUUUUCCUUGUACCGGAGCUGCAUCCAGAAAUGAUGGCCGAUCGGUCCCGUCGCAAGGCGCAGGUUCUCUCCGAGUCCAUCGUCGACGACUUCGAGCCGAUCACGAACGAUGGCAUGCGAGAAACGGAGCAGUUCGUCAGACAUGCCCAGGACAUGGUUCGCUCGGUGCACGCCAACACUCGCAGCCUCAUCCGCCACGGGCACGCGCUCCAAAACUCGGCCACGGACGUGGCGGAUGCCGUAACCCUCUGCUCGGCCACCAUCUCAACCCUCAAGGAACCGACCAACGCCCUCCCGCAAUCCCACGUCGACGCCUUCGCCCGCUACGCCUCGUACCUCUCGACCCCAUCCUCCGACUCCUCCCCUCUCCUCCAGCUCCUCGCAGCUCUCACCUCCGUCGACAAUACCACCGCCGCCAUCCUACACUCCCUUUCGCGCCCCAUCUCCCUUAUGUCCACCCUCGCUUCUGCCAACCGCUCCCUCGCCCGUUCCCGCUCCUCGCUCGUUUCCUCCUCUCUCCCCCGUAAAUUCAACCUCAACUUCCCCGGCCUCGAAGAAUCCCGCCAAAAGUCCGUCCGCGACCUCGAGUCCAAGAUCCAAGAAUCCGAGUCCCAGAUCGCCCACGUCUCCCGCGAAAUCACAUGGAACAAAGAUGUCGUCGUCAGCGAGCUAGCAGGCUGGACCUCCUGGCGCGAGAAAGUCGGUCGCGACGCCAUCCGCUCCUUUGUCAAGGCGACUAUCGUCCGAGAGAAGGAACGGGGCAAAAGACUAGAACGGUGUCUGAGGAAUGUGCACGAGGCUAAAUAA